AUGGCAGUCUAUCCCACACUACAGCUCUACCCAAUCAACACUUUGCAGCCCAAUAUGGUGACUGGCGUCACUGGAUUACCGGUUCUGGGAAUGAAGGGUUCUCCGAAGAAGUUUAAAGGAUGUUAUGCAGAAGUUGCAAGGUUCCUGCAGCAUUAUGAACAGCUGUGCACUCAGCUUAACAUUGUAACUGCAGAGGACCAAGUGGAGAACAUCACGCAGUAUUGCGCACAAAGUGUGCACCAGUUUAUGGAAUCACUCCCAGCCUACGUCACACCAGACUGGAAUGCCUUCAAGAGAGACGUUCUCACAUUCUACAAUGCGGACUGA